AUGGAAACGACGACUGAACUUGACGAACAUUUAUUUCUGGAAACAUAUUACCAGACGUCUGGAUGUACUUCUAAGGUGAUAGAACAUGCCACGAAAAUACGACUUUUAGUUACCGAGUUAAACAAUCAUGUUUACAAGAAUCCCCAAACAAAAGUCCAACUUGACCAAUUACGAAAAGAGUAUCAAUCAGUACACUCGAAGAAUGACGGAACAGUCCCCGUCGACGCUAUUAAUACCGACUCGGCAUUUUCUCAAUUGGUUGACGGACUGAAAGUCUCACAAGAAGAUGUUGUCGACUUUCAUAACGAUUUUAUCGAUGAUCCUUCGUGGAAUGAUUUCGACCGGUUAAUGGCUAAUGUGGAGAGAAAGGAUGAACCGAAGAAUCAAGGGAUAUUAGAAGCAAGUUUCUUGAAUGAUUAUGAACAAAAAGACGAGAACACCAUUCUGAAAGAGAAAAUUGGACUACUGGAAGCGGAAAACGAAAAACUUAAAAGACAACUCCAUGAAAUUAAAGUCUUUUAUGAGAAGACUAAGGCUAAAAUGUCGUGUAAAUCUCCAUUUUGUGAAACUCCUGCACAUGUCCCUCAAAAUUAA